AUGUUUCCCUCCAAGGCGACUCUCACAGCUGCGGCUACAAUAUUGGCCUUUCAAACUGCCGUUGCAGUGCCCGUCGCCGGCGGCGUUGAUGCCGGAAUUUGGGAGUUUCCUGAAGCCGUUGGCUUUGCACCCAGUUGCGGCGGCACGCUCCUCAACGCAAACACCGUUCUUACAGCCGCUCACUGUGUCAUUUCAUCAAUAGCCUACUAUAAAGGGACAGAUCUUUCAAAAUCUUCAGUUAUAGCAGGCACUAUUUUUCCAAAAGACUUACAAUACGCCACUAUUGUUGGUAUAUCCUCCUUUCACGUGCACCCCGAGUAUAAUAGGACGGGUAUCCGUGAGCACGACGUUGCUAUUUUGAAGUUGUCCACCGACAUUGCCGAGGACGAAUGGGGGACUAUUCGUUAUGCCCGGUUGCCUCAGUGGCAGUCCGAUCCUCAGCCGGGCUCUGACACGACUGUAGUCGGUUGGGGCAGUACAGACACCAAGGGUACCCGGCCUACGCAGUUGCAAAAAGUCGUGGUUCCGGUUGUGGAUCGUGGCACGUGCAGCAAGAUGCUUGGUCGUGUGCCAGAGAGUACAUUUUGUGCUGGUUACAAGGACGGAGGCAAGGAUGCUUGUGGCGGAGAUAGCGGCGGCCCAACUUAUGGUCCAGAUGGGACUGUCAUUGGGGUUACUUCGUAUGGCGGGAAAUGUGGCGCUACGUAUGGAGCUUAUGCUAGAGUAGACAUAGAUCUCGCCUUUAUCACGCAGUAUAUGUAG